CACUGGUGAGUUACUGUUCACCUCCUUGUGAAAUCAGCUUGCUUAAAGCUGUGUUUUGGGUGUUAACUAGGAGCGGCCGGGAGCUCGGAGCUGGGCGCCACGAUAACGGAGGUGCGGAGCUACGGGCGCUGCUGGCGCAGACACGCGUGAACGCCUGCUGCAGCUCCUGCUAACCGUCGCGGCGAGGCGCGUUUUCCCGCAGCUGCGGCUUCGGCGCUGGGACAGCUGUGACCGAGCUCCGGCCGCGGGGGCGGGCCGGGCCCCUCCCCAGCCCGGGCCGCCCUCGGCGGGAGGCGGCCCCUGCCCGGCCCGCUCCGAGGCGGCGAGAGCGGCCAUGAGGCCGGCGCCGCGCUCCCGGCAGGAGACCCUGGCCCUGCGGCGGCAGCUGGUCGGCUCUUCUUGCAAGUUGUUUUUUUCUAAUGAUCCAGUGAAGAUCAUAAAGGCGAAAGGCCAGUAUAUGUAUGAUGAGAAUGGAAGACAAUACCUUGACUGCAUAAACAAUGUUGCUCACGUUGGACACUGUCACCCUGAUAUAGUAAAAGCAGCCCAUGAGCAAAAUCAAUUGUUAAAUACAAAUUCUCGUUAUCUUCAUGACAACUUAGUUGAUUAUGCAGACAGACUUUCAAAAACACUACCUGAGAAGUUAUGCAUCUUUUAUUUUUUGAAUUCUGGAUCUGAAGCUAACGAUCUUGCCUUAAGAUUGGCACGGCAGUAUACAAAACAUGAGGAUGUUAUAGUUUUAGAUCAUUCUGCUAAUUGUUUUUUCAGUGCUUACCACGGACAUCUGACAUCCUUGAUUGACAUAAGCCCAUAUAAAUUCAGAAAUCUAGAAGGACAAAAGGAAUGGGUCCAUGUGGCUCCUGUUCCAGACACAUACAGAGGACUUUAUAGAGAAGACCAUGAAGAUUCAGUAACAGCCUAUGCUAAUGAAGUGAAAAAUAUUAUUGAGCAAGCACACACGAGAGGCAGAAAGAUUGCUGCAUUUUUUGUUGAAUCUCUGCCAAGCGUGGGUGGUCAAAUCAUUCCACCAGCAGGCUAUUUUCAGAAGGUUGCAGAGCAUGUGCACAAGGCAGGAGGUGUAUUUAUUGCUGAUGAAAUUCAAGUUGGCUUUGGCAGAGUUGGCAAGCACUUUUGGGCAUUCCAGCUUCAGGGAGAAGAUUUUAUACCUGAUAUUGUCACUAUGGGGAAACCAAUAGGAAAUGGGCACCCUAUUGCCUGUGUAGCAACAACAAAAGAAAUUGCAGAAGCAUUUGCAGCCACAGGAGUAGAGUAUUUUAAUACAUUUGGAGGAAACCCUGUUUCAUGUGCAGUUGGGUUAGCUGUGUUAGAUGUGAUUGAGAAGGAACACCUUCAGGCUCAUGCCACAGAAGUAGGCAACUUCUUGAUGAAGCUACUCAAGGAGCAGAAAAUCAAGCAUCCCAUCAUUGGUGAUGUCAGAGGUUCUGGCUUAUUCAUUGGAGUGGACUUAAUCAAGGAUCAAGCAGAAAGGACCCCAGCCACAGCAGAAGCAGAGCAUCUAAUAACAAGACUUAAGGAAAAAUAUAUUCUACUGAGUACAGAUGGACCAGGAAGAAAUGUGCUUAAAUUCAAACCCCCAAUGUGCUUCAAUAUGGAGGAUGCAAAAUUUGUUGUGGACACAAUUGACAAGCUACUAACAGAUAUGGAAAAAGAAUGUCUGAACCAAGAGAAAACACCCACUUGUUCUACCUAAGCAGGUUUCAAACAGUGUUCAAGAUCUACUACUAAGAAACAUCAUUCUACUAUAAUAAUGCACAUUUAAUCUUCAUCCUAGCAUGUCUUAGAUGAGAUAAGUUACCCUUGAUUUUCUUAUUUUCAGUUAUCUUGUUAUUAGUACAAGCUUUAGGAGAAAUAAAUUUUACAAGAGCUUAUUUCAA